CGGACGGACUGUAAUCUAUGGUGUAACCCUCUGGAUUUCCCCUGGCAGUUUUAAGUAGUUAAUCAAUUGGAGCACUAAUAAUGGCAUUAAAUAAGUAUAUGCAUCCCCGUAAUAUCUACAGAACUCCUCCUGAUUUUUCGAAACUGGCAAAAACAUAUAAGGAGUUUUCCAACGUAGCAAAAGUGGACAUCACUGGCAAGGUGAGUAUUGACUUCAAAGAUCCACACGUUUUAAGAGUUUUGACCAAAUCCUUGCUUAAGUCAGACUUCAACCUUGAUAUUAAUAUUCCCGAGGAUCGGCUGGUUCCAACACUUCCUUUGAGGCUCAAUUACAUUUUAUGGAUUGAGGAUUUAUUGAAUGUUGUCAAUAAAAAUAAUACAGUCAGGGGUCUUGAUAUUGGGACAGGUGCCUGUGCUAUAUAUCCUUUAUUAGCUGCAGUAAAGAACAAGUGGCAAAUGAUUGGCACGGAGACAGAUGAUGAAAGCUUACAGAAAGCAGCAGAUAAUAUUAAGAGGAACAAAUUACAGGAUCUGGUUACACUGAAAAAGAACUUCACAACAACUAUAUUUGAAUGUGUAUUUUCGGAUGAUAGCCAGCAAAUGUUUGAUUUUUGUAUGUGCAAUCCACCAUUUUAUACAAAUAUAGAAGAGUUGUUGGAAUCUCGAAGUCCAGCCAGACCUAUACCAAAAAAUGGUUUCACUGGAUCCCCUCAUGAGCUCAUAACUGAAGGCGGCGAACUACAAUUUUGUAGAAAAAUUAUAGAAGAAAGUAAAAUAUACAAAAACAAAAUUCUAAUAUUUACUACUAUGGUUGGUCACAAAUAUAACUUGAAGGAGCUAGUUCUAGAUCUCAAAGCAGAAGAUAUUGAGCAUACUACCACUGAAUUUUGUCAGGGUCGUGUGACGCGAUGGGGCUUAGCUUGGACAUAUGGAGAUGUUAAAUUGUCUGAGUUGGUUGCAGCAAAACAUAAAUCUCGAAAGAAAAAUGUACCAAUUAAAUUUAGUUUACCAGAACUACCUGUUGAAAAAAAUAAUGUAACUGAUUACUUCGAAAAAGUAAAAGCAAUACUACAAAAUUUAAAAAUUAUUUUUAAAAUAAUUAGUAAAAGAAAAAAUGAAGUAAACCUUAGUGUUAUUGCACAUGAGAACACUUGGUCGAAUCAACGUCGAAAAAGAAGACUUCUUAAACAGUCUUUAGAAACCCAAGCUAAACAGAUUAAACUUGAUUCUGAAAAUCAUAUAUCAGAAGGAUUAAAUCCUUCAGAAGUUUUGUCUAAUGAACAUGAUCAUCAUUCGGAAAACAAUGAAACUGAAGAAGAAAAGAUAGCAAAGCAAUUAUUUAAGGCUGAACAAGAAUCAGUUGUCCAAGGUUUUAUGAAACUUUAUAUAAAAGAAAAUCAUCCAAAUAUUGAAAUGGAAUAUGUAAGUGGUAGUGCCGGAAAGGAAGGAUUACAUCAAAUAAUGCAGUAUAUUAAAAAUAACUGGAAGUAAAUGUAUUUUUAAUUUUAUAAGCAAAACUGCUUAAUGAACAAACAGGUUUAAUAUAUAACUCAAUAUCA